GUGGAAAUCGGCGAAGGCGUUCUCAAAGACAUGUUUCGCAGGCAGAUCGAGCCCAACAACGUGGUGUUCAGCUCUGCAAUCUUCGCCGCAGCCGAUGCAGCGGACUGGGCGGCGGCACUGGCACUCUUCAGCCGAGCGGAGGGCUUCGGUAUCCCAGCAGAUGCUGUAAUGCUCAGCUCGACUCUCUUUGCCUGCAGCGAGGGCUCGGCGUGGCAGGAG